UAAAGAGCAAGGACAUAUUUCCAACCAUCAUUCGCUCUGCCAUCAUGGAUCUGAAAGUUGCGUUUGUGAUUGUCUGUCUGUGCGCUUUGGCCAUCACCCUGACUAAAGCCGGCAUCCCAAAAUGCUGCAUCAAAACAAAAAAGCACAUCCCUAAACAAGUGCUGAUGAACGUUCAAAGAUGGGAUGUGCAACUAAGCACUGGUGCCUGUGACAUCUCGGCACUCAUACUACAUGUAAAGAACAUGAGCAGGCCCAUAUGUGCUCAUCCCAAGUGGAUGGAAGUCGUGCGCAGCCGUCAGAGAAAGAAGAAGCACAACAAGCGCAGAGCAACUUACUGAGCUGUGAAAUCAACAUUUUCUUUUCAUUUUCUUGUUUUCUGCUGGAGUUUGUGUCAUACAGGAGCUCUAAUGUUUGUUUGUUUUUCUUUUUAUUGAUUAUACAAUAUAUCCAGAUUAACGUGUGUACUACAUUUAUUCAGUGGUGGAAGGUAACUAAGUACAUUUACUUAACUAUGUGCCAAAGUACAAUUUGAAGAUUAAUCUGAUGCAAUGCUAUAAAUUACACAAACUAAGCAACACUAUAUGAAGCAUUGAAAUCAGUUCUACUUUGACUACAACAUUAAAGUAUUGCUUACAUAGUAAUGCACUGAUAAUAAUGAUCCACUGAUGACAGGGGUCAUUUAUCCGUUCAUUGCAUUGUGAGCACUUUUAAUACUUUCAGUUCAUUUUGGAAAA